ACAGACUUUUUUUAAAUUAUAUAAAUUAUGAAAUGAAAUUUUUUGUAUUGCUAGUUUACAUUUGCUUGGCUCUCAAGUGCGGGAAACCGAUAAACGUAAAAAUUUACCAUACUUCCACAACGCCUUUCUCUUCAGCCGAUCAUGAAAUUGCAUUUCCGGUUUGCGCAAAUUGUUCAAGUGAAAAGAACUUUCGUACCAACACUGAUUACUAUUGCCAUUUCGAAGAUGACUCGGCCAUUGAGGAAAAUUUUGGAGAAUGGAAAAAUACUUAUCCGGAUUGCCUGCCAGACCACUUUAUUGCAACUCGGAAAAUAAAAGCCUAUUGCUGCUUUUGGUCACCGAAAUUGGGAUGCUCUGCACUGAUCGGCAGGAAGUUCUACGAUAAGAAAAUAUAUAGCUGCAAGACUUGCAGACGAUUUUGCAGCGGAACUAAGCAGACCUAUAUCGAUGAUACGGAUGGCAGUGAUAGGGUCUCGGGAUCCUACGGAUCUUCAGUUUUACUGGCCUUUCUGCUACUCAGCAUAUGCUAGGAUAAGCUAUAAAUGCACAGUAGUAGGGGAUUUUUAUAUAAUUUAUAUUUUUGGACCCAUCAAAUUAACCAUAACUAACUGCAAAUAAAAGUGUGCCCAUUGUUAUUUAUA